AUGGUUGUUAAAUUCAGUAGAAAGGGGGGUAGUGAUUGUAGCAGCCGCAGCAAUGGAAGAAGAAGAAGAAGAAGUAAUAAAGUACUGGAAGAUUUGCCAGUUGAAAUCAUCUUCGACAUCUUUUCAAGACUUUCCGCCGUUACUCUAAUUCGAUUAACGAGUGUAUGUAAGUUCUGGAACAACUUGACACGAGACCCUGGAUUCAUUGACCUCCGCCUGAAGAAGAAGAUGAAAUUGAUGCACGACGACGACAUACCACUACCAUCUCAUGAUCUAAUCCUUGGAUCAUGCAGAGACAUAGAUGAUAUCAAAAGGGAUACGAAAAUGAGGAGCAGGAGGAGCUUGAUUUUGAUAGAUGGGGUUGAAGAAGGGAAUUGUAAAGCCAGAGAAAUUCGAAUAGAGCAUUCGCAGAAGAAUUGGUUGUUUCGCCUCGUUGGCUCUUGCAAUGGAUUGGUUUGUUUGGAGCCAGCGCCCCCAAAGCGGGGCCAAGUUCGUGCUAUCAUCAUCUAUAAUCCUAUUACAGGUGAGAGCUGGUGUUUGCCUAAAUUAAAACCAUCAGAUUUUUCUGAUUUCUUUUGGAGUGCGAGAGUUCCUAUAAUGGGUUUUGGUUUUGAUCAUGCAACCGGAAAAUAUAAAGUGAUCCGAUUCUUGUAUGACAAUAAAGGCCAAUUGUUGAGUCAGAUCAUCACUUUGGGUGAAAAAAGUUCAUGGAGAAAGUUGUUGGAUAUUCCGGUGAUCAAAGGAGGACGUUACGGACAGAAUUUCAAUACCUUACCGAUGUUUUUGAAUGGGUUCCUAUAUUGGAUAAUCACAAAGCAUGUAGAUGGUGACGUAAUAUCGAGGAGUAACAACGAUACUACUAUUAAUAAGGAAUUCAUUCUUGCAUUUGAUGUUGGCAGUGAAAAAUUCCAGAUUAUAAACUUCCCAGCCCCUCUUCUUUCUGAAGUAACAAGAAGAUCAUAUUAUGGAUUACACUUGAUAAACAUCAAGGGUUCUUAA